AUGGGUAUUUUCUCAUCCAUACACUGGAGCCUGGGGUUGGCGAUUUCGGCCAGAUGUCCUCUUGUAGGAGCUCGAACAGCUGAUGUGUAUGUGCCACUCACUUUAGACCAAACCAUUGAACAGCUGGGUCUGCGGCCAGCUCUUGCACAUAUACGGGAGCUUGAAUUAGCAAUUCCUGCGCCAAGUCGACGCUCACUCUUACUUAUGCAGUGCGACAUUCUUGCCACUGUGCUUCCACUUGAAGUACAAUUCCCUGGCUCUGAAGACUACAAUUCCACACGGGGAAGUUAUUGGGCGCAACAGCAGUCCGAUUUAUCACCAAGCUGUUUUGUUGUUGUCAAACGAUCCCAUUUGGUGUCGACCUCGAUUGCAGUCUCACGGAAGACAAAAUGCCCGUUUAGUGUCCGCAGCGGAGGUCACUCGGAUGUUCCUGGCGCAUCUAAUAUCGAAAAAGGAAUAACCAUUGAUCUUCGGUCUAUUAGUGAAAUAGAUGUGUCUGAUGAUAAGCGGAUCACCUACGUUGGCGCUGGGGCUAGAUGGGAUGAAGUGUAUGCGAAACUCGAUGAGAUGGAUCUUAUGGUUGUGGGUGGACGGGUUUUUUCUCUGGGGGUUGGAGGACUGACGCUUGGGGGCGGUAUAUCAUUUUUCUCCGGCAAGGAAGGACUUGCUUGCGAUAAUGUUGUUGUCAUGGCUGAUGGGCGACUACGAGACGUCAAUCAGACUUCGUACCCAGAUCUAUACCGCGCCUUGAGAGGUGGAGGGAACAAUUUCGGUAUCGUAACCCGCUUUGACCUAGACACCUAUCCCCAGGGUGAAACGUGGAGCGCCAUACGCGCUUACCCACUAGAUGCCAAAGAACAUCUAAUAGAGGGAUUGGCUUCAUUUAACAAAAAUGCAGCCGACGACCCGGAUCUUGCCAUAAUAACCAGUUUUGCAUAUGCUGGAGGCCAGUGGAUAUGCGGCCAUAUAACAGGUUACGCCCGUCCCGUGCCUGAUCCGGAGCUUUUUAUAUCCAGUUUUGGAAAUCUCGCAAACAUUCCUCCUAUCCAGGAUAACACUCGACUUAUACGCCUCUCCAAUCUCUCCAACGAAAUGAUUGCUGUUAACCCUCCCCCAGGAUUACGCGAUCGGUACGCCACGGCUAACUACAAAAACAGCGUCGAGCUGCAGAAUAGAAUUGUAGAUAUCGUUGUAUCGGAGCUAGAUCGGGUGAAGGGAGAAAUCAGCAACCUAGAGGGAUUUGUUUGUGCUGUUAAUUUUCAAGCAAUAACUCUACCGAUGAUUUCAAAAUUCUCAAAACGGGGCGGGAACAUACUUGGCAUUAGCCCCGGUGACGGACCGCUGCUCCUUAUCUUGGUCAACUUCGCCUGGGCUAGUGCCAGUGAUGACGAUAUCAUUAUAUCAGCUAGUGAAUCGAUUUUAUCCCAGUCCAAUGGCGCCGCGGCCGAACUGGGUUUGCUGAACGAUUUCGUAUACAUGAACUAUGCAGGAUCCCAUCAAGUCGCCUUUCGUUGGAUAUGGCAAGAAGAAUUUGCAGCAGCUACGGAAAUUACAGGCAAAAUAUGA